AUAGUAAACACUAUUGUGUUCAUUUUUAUUGUCAUUUGAUGCCUGCUGGUAAAUAGUAUAACAAUUAUAAGUUAUAACUCUAUGCUUACACAAUUCCCAUCAACAUUUGUAACUGACGAUUUUAAAGAAUGUCAAAUCAAAUGAAAUACAACCAGUCUUGGAUUAUCAGUUGUUUUUCAAAAUUGAGUUCAAACAGUGAACACACUACCUCCACACCAUUGAGAGUAGAUUUUCUGAACCAUUCACUGAACAUCUUGGCAGAUGGAAUAAAUGAAUUCAUUUACCUCACGCCUGAAACAUACGUCAUGCAAUCAACUCUUCAUUUAGGAAUCAUAUCAUUCGAUUCCUGUCAUCACGGCAAGUGGGUAUUAAGCUUUAACGAUGAACCAUCUGCAAUAGAUUUCAUCGAAACGUUGAGAAAAAACGAUAUUAAAGUGACGGACAUCCAGAAAUUGUUAUCAGAAAGAGUGCACUUGGAAGACUCCAUAAUCAAAACGGUAACCGAUGUGGGUUUCCCAAAUUUUGUAGCUGAAGUGGAAAACGCCAUGAAAAACAAAGAUGUUUGAUCAUUGGAAUUAAUUUUAAUCAAAAA